AUGGCCAUGGUAAAAUACAGCAUAUGGAUUUUUCACAUUUCAGUUCUCCUUUUUAUUGCCACUAAGUAUGCAGUGGCAAAUCUCAACAGGAAAGAUUUACCAGUAUCUGAAGUGCUUAAUAACAUGGCUUUUGACAAUGUCACAAAAAAUAUCUUCAUUGGAGGCGACAAUGUGCUGUUGAAAGCAUCAGAAAAUUUAGUAGCACUCAAAAGACAAGCGACUGGGCCUAAUCUGGACUUUGUAGAUUGUUAUCAUGACUUUGGCCAAACUUGUGCUGGAAAGGUUACAACGAAUAUAAACAAACUACUGCUGAUAGACAGUAGUAAAAGACAGCUUAUAGUCUGUGGUAGCUUCAAUCAUGGAGUUUGUCAGAUACGAAGUUUAGACUCAUUAAAAUUACAAACCAAUCGGACAAUUUAUGUGGUGUCUAGAACACCCUUACAAGCAGCAGCAUUGAUAACACCAGCUGGGAAACGUUCAGGAACACGCGCACUUUAUGUUGCAACUUCUUGGGACAAGGAAUACUUUACAUCUUCAGAUUUGCAGUAUAUUACCCCAGCUGUAUCAACCCGUAUAAUUGAUGAUUUGAAUCGCCUCUUUGAUCCUGCUAAGGAUGCUAUCGCAGCUAAUAGCUAUCUUCAGUACAGAGAAAAUGUAAUAUAUCAUGCAAAAUUUAUUUAUGCAUUUUCAGCAGGUAUUUUCAAUUACUUUGUGUCUGUGCAGCAGACUGUUGAAUCAUUUACAAAGGACUGUAAAGGUGGAUGUUCAACCAAUCAAUCAAAAUUCAAGACAUUUAUAGUUCGCCUCUGCCAAGAGGAUGAAGUCUAUUCAUCAUACAUGGAAUUGCCACUUGACUGCAAAGGGUCAAAUGGAACAUCCUUCAACAUAGCACAGUCAGCUUAUCUUACAAAAGCUGGUGAUGGCCUUGCAGUUGAUGCAUCUACAGAUGUGCUAGUUGUUACUUUUUUCAAGGUUGACAAAGGUUGGAGUGGACCUUCGCAAUACUCUGCAGUCUGUACAUAUUCAGUAAAAGAAAUCAAGGCAACUUUGGUGUCUAACCUACAGAACUGUGUGAAUAAUGCUAAUGAUGAAGAGAUUGGUCUUCCAUGGGCCGGUGGUAAAGUUAGAAAAUGUGACGAUGAGGUAAAUAAUGGGUGCCAUAAUUUAUCAAUUAGAAAGUAGGUUAUAGAAAUUUACACAUAUUCCAGAUGAAGGAAUUCUUCAUGAGUCAUGUUAUUUUUUAGUGUGUGACAGAGACUAAGAAGGGGAAAUCAACUGAUCCCCCCUACACUGGAACACAUGAAUUUGUCCUUUUCCUUAAUGGGUUAUAAAUCUUUAUUGUAGAUAAGGUAAAUGGGUAUUCUAAUUUCAUAUUACAUAACACAUAAGGUGAGUAACAGUUAUUGUAAUGCUUCAAAGCCCUGUCAUGCUUUUUGCUCAAUUGUAAAACUUUCUUGCUCUAGAGGUGAACCAAGUCUUACUCAUUUUGUUUUUUCAUUUGUCCUGAACACAUGUUAAGUGAAUUAAUAACACUAGAUUUAACUGCAUUCACAAAAAUUCAAGAUCAAGAGACCAGUAUGAGCCUCUGUUUGAAAUUGUUUUUAUUCUAAUCUUUGAUAGAAAUCAAAUCCAAGAAUAAGCGAGAAUUUCUGUCCAACUAGCAUUUCAUUUGGCUAUCAUCCAUUUCGUGGAAAAACUCCUUUGACUAAAAGACCUGUGAUGCAAUAUGAGAAAGGAAUGCUAACUGCUGUUGCUGCAAUGCCAUAUUACAAUCAUACAGUUAUUUUUGUGGGAACCCAUGGUGGUCAGCUUCUUAAGGUAAUGAAGUUUAUUGUCAAUAAUAAAUUACACUGUAGAAAACAAGCUUCUUUAUAAGGUGGAUUUAAAAAGCAACAGCAAAGCUGUCUCUGCAUUUGAUAGAGAAAUUCUUCAAGGAUUUUACAAUAAUUGCCAUGUUAAGGAGGAGGGGGAGGGGCAGUUUAUCAUGAGGACUUAUUCAAGGAGAGCCACUUAUUCAUCAUCAGAAGAAGAAUUGCUUCCACUAUUCAAUCAUGUUCACUGCAUGGCAGCAACUUGCUUAUAGACAAACAAAAUGCACUGUAAUGACCAAAAACAACAAGGACAUGGCUAUACUACCAGCCAACAAAGGAUUAGUUACUGUUAGCAUGGACAGAACUGACUAUCACAACAAAAUGAAUGCACUAGUCAACAACAAACAAACCUAUGCAGGGCGUGAAAUUAACUUUUUUUUCUGAAAGCCACUUGGCUCCUAAAUUCUUCAAAGUGGUAGCCAAUUCAAAAAAAGUUGGUCGCCAUUUUCAAAGACAAACAAAAUCUUUCUUUACGCUGUCAGCGUUCUAGAUAGACCCUCCAAAAUUAAGUUAGGGAAAGAUCUUUAACGUGCUACAAAGUGGACACUAGGAUGGAUGAUAUACAACUUUCAGGCUCAUCUAAAUCCAAGAUGGCGUCUAGUUAUCGAUCGAGAUGCAUGUGCUACGUUUUGGAAACAAACUUAACGCGGAAGUUUGCCGCAGAUUUAUCUUUGCAAAUCUUUUUAAUGCACUAUAUCUCUUGGUAAGGUUAUGAUGAAACGUUCUAGUCGCCAAUUUGGCAACUAACUUUCAGGAUUUGGUCGCCAAAGUGAAAAAUUUAGUCGCAUUGGCGCCUGUAUUAGGCACAAUUUCAUGCCCUGUUAUGCAGAAUUUAAGGGUGACCUGACUCCUGCACUUCAACCCAAACUCAACAGUAACCUACUGACACUCAAGAAGAUGAGGCUAUUGACACUCAUUGCUACUACUGACUAAAAUAGUCAAAUUGUGCUGGCAUAAUACAAAGGACUUGUUCAUGACAGUGACAUUAACGACUGAUCAAAAAUGAUCAAUCACAAUGGUCACUCUGCUUGAGUCUUACAACCAAAAGCCUCAUGGUAAAAAUGGCAAGUCAUUUUAUACAAACCAGACUUUGAACAUUUGACAGACAACAACUAUUCUGUCAUCAGUCACCACUAUCCACAACAGUCCAUUUUAGGAAUACACUCACCUAGACAACCAGACUACACUAUCACAACCCUAUUGCACCUUACAGUGAUAUGCCUAGUAUUUCUUGUGUUUUUUUCCAUUUUUUAUACUUUGUGGUUCUUGUUUCUUAAUUUUCUGAUCAGUCAAUUUGACAAAUUUUCAUCAAUUGAAUGGAAACUUGUUCCACAAGUGAAGGCUUCCUUUACAAACAGUAACUGUUAUAGAUAUAAUUGUUGUUAUGGAAUUUAGAAGACACUGCUGAGCUUAAGAAUGAAAAAUUUGAUAUUGCUUUGUUGCAUUUACUCAAAAGUUGUCUGUGGAAGAUGGACAACAGGAAGUGGAACCUUACAGUGAGUUGAAAAUCAGCUCUGAUGAAGUGCGUCAGAUCAUAGUAACCAGUGACCAGCAACACUUGUACAUCCUUAGUAAACACAAGGUACAGUGUUGCUAAAUACUAUGUGUUUGUCUGCAUUUUGUAACCAUGGAUGCAAAUGUCCCUUAUAGAAAUCAAUGUGUAAUAUGAAAGAUACAUCAAAUAUUAUUUUCAGAAAUCUUGUGAAACUUUUAUGUACAUAUUUUUAAAGAAUUAGAGUGGGUGUUUAGAAAUGGUGAACACUGUUUUCUGCUUCAUAUUUAAUUUGUAGCCAUCCAAUAAGCCUGAUCCACAUGUCUGACUUUGCUUCAUAUGUAAUUGGUAAAAUUUUUCCAAAAACAUCCUUACUUUUCUUGUUCAAAAUGAUGCAGCACAUAAUUGAUCAAGUACUUGAAGUACCUCUUACAAGGCUGGUAAUGAUAUUGAUUCUGUGAAUUAAAUUUUAUUUUACUGAAGGUGACACAAUUACCUGUUGAAGACUGCGGUGCUUCAAAAUCUUGUGAUAAGUGCACAAAACCAAAUAACCCAUUCUGUGGUUGGUGUACAUUUUAUAAGAGGUAAUUUGCAUGUAUCUUGAGGGAGGUUGAAAACUUGUAUUGUUUGCAUGUAUCUAGAAUGAGGUUGAAAACUUGUGUUAUUACUGCAAUUUUCAAUGUUUCUUUUUGGUUUCUCUCUUAAAUAGACAUACUUUUUGACCUGCAGUUCAUAAACUUGCAUUAAUUAGUUGCACUGCAAGUUUGGAAGGGCAUAGGGGUUACAGAUGUGCUGCCUGUGUUGUAAAUAGGAAACUGAUAAGAAUCUAUAUUGGGGAUGGAUGGUACACUUAUCCUUGUAUAGGAUAUUGCAAUGAAAAUAUGAAUUGGAAAAUUGGAAAAUUGGAUGAGUUUCCUGUUUUCACAAAAACUUGUCAUCUGUUGUUCUUUUGAAGAUGUUCUCAGAAGACUAGCUGCCCUAGCUCUGAUGCACAUCCAUUGCGAUAUGUGACGAACUCAUCUAACUGUCCAGCAUUUGCUUCUAUCAGCCCUAAACAAGUUCCCUAUGGUCCAAGUAUUGAAGUGUGUGAAACAACUUUCACAGUUCUUUUAUAAUUAUUAUAAGAGGGUGCUGUAUCAAUGUUUGGUGAUUUUUAAUUCACAAUGUGUUUUUUCAAGUUAUGAUUCAGACAAAGAUUACUUUUUAAAACAUGUAGUAUUGGAUUAAUUUUCAUUCAUGAAUGAGAACAUUUGUAAAGUUUCUUUGUCUCAUAUGUGUACAAUGUAGUUCAACAUUUAAAACUAAGACAGACAUUUGUUUGGCUGCUGUAUAUGUAUAUGAAUCUAACUCAGUUAACAUGGACAAGAAUAGCACAACUCAACUCAUGACACUUUCUUCAUAGAGCUUUUCACUAGGCACUUAUUCAAGCCUUCAAUCUUAUUUUAUGACCUAAUGAUGAAAUGAAAGGUCUUGCCUGUAUUCUUGGCUGAAGAGCCAUCCCAUAUUCCCUGGACUUCUGAAUAGCACUUUUAUUGAGUUUCUCAGGAAGAGGAAAGAAAAUAACCACAUUUUUAUAUAAUCCACACUUGCAAUCAUCAUUGUCUGGGAUGCCUGGUCACAUGCUUCGCAUUGAACAGUGAUUUAGACAUGUAAUCAACUUCAAAACUUCUCAAAAUUAUCAAUUGUGCUUACUUGCCAUAAUUUCUGCAAACCAUCAUCCAUCCAAUGAUAAAUGUGAAUAAAAUUGAAAUGUCUUGUUAUUUGCUUAAUCAGCUGACCAUAAGGGUAUCCAAUGUACCAUCAUUAGCAGGAUUGAAGUGUUUUGUACAUGGUAAAGAACAUAGCACAACAACUGUGGGCCCAGGAAAUGAACUGAAAUGUCGAACACCACCUGAGAAAGAUUUGCCAAGCAUUACAAGUGAUAACGGUAUAUAUUUAUUAUACGCUUUAAAAUAAUUGAUUCAUGGCAAAACAACUCACUACUCCAACCUGAGCCAACCAAUUCUUAAGAGAAUCCCAUUUUUAAACCGAACAAUUGGUUAGAGUUCCUCCAAUUUUAAUCUAUAUUAUUACUCAAACAUGUCAAUGACAUACAUUUUUAAGUCUGUUGUUUUAACUUUUCUGUCUUCACUCAUAGGAGGAGAAAGGAGGUAAUAAGUGUAAAUUUUAAAUUGCUCAAAGCAAGCCAAGGAAAAGUAUAUCUUGCUUGCUUAACAGUAUUUUCCUCUUGCUAAUUACAGCCAAAUCAAGGGAAAAACAUUUAGUGACAGAGUUAGUAAUUAUGAAAGUAAUAUUUUUAAAAAUAAUUGACUUGUUUGCUUGGUGGAAACAAAUAUUCCCUUUACAGUCGGGAGUACUCUCGACUGAGGAUGAUUGUGUAAGCUAAUUGUUUAAUCUAUUCCUACGCAAUUCUGUGUAGAUUUGGAAGUAAACAACAUAUUGUUCUUUACUACAAGGUGAUGUAUUCGUAGAUCUUGCCCUCUUCUCCACUGAGUCCCAGAUGGUAUUCCUUAUUGAAAAGCUAGCGUUUUACAGCUGUCCUGCAAUUAAGGGGUGAGUAUGUUUUCCAACAUAUACUACCUAUUUCAGGAUCAUUCUUUUUCAUGUUCUAGCUUAUUAUGCAUAACAAGGUAAUGUGUUUUUCCAUAUUGGUUUCAUCGACAAUAGGAGACAUAAAACUAUGAAAAAUGCACAUGCCAGCAUUUAUGUUGUGUAAUAAGGUAAUAAGGAAAAAAAUGGAAGUGGUAGUAAUACACGGUGUAUUUUUCAAAGCGCUACUCAGUAUUGACACUAGACUCACAGCCUUACAUGCAUCUACAGAGGUUGAUUUCACUUCUUUGGCCAAGAACUUUGUAGCAAGAAAUUGAACUGUUGGUGCUUUUAGUUGUUUGUACUCUGAAAUGAAAAUAUAUACUGUAGUAGCUGCAGAAAUUUUGUACAAGGAGUUUCUGCACAUUUGCGGGUUGGGUCUAUCUAAGGAUUUAAGGAUUAUUUAGUGAGUUCAUUUUUAAGUUUUCUCCUCUUCAAGUGUUAUGCAUAUUUUAACUGGUUUGUACAACUGCUGGUGAGUGCCCUGUUUUGCCUUUGACACGCAUGAUCUCCCUGUGUGCUAACUUCCAUCUUAUGAAUAAAUCUUUAUAAAAUUGCAUGUGCCAGCAUGAUUGCCACUACAUGAAUUUUUUCUUUGGCUUCAUUCAAGCGAUUAAGUAAGCUACUGAGUGUCCUUAUGUUAUUAGUUAGACUAGUAGUCUUUCAGUUGGUACAUGUUCAUAAAAUAUAUUUAAUCCUAGAAGUAAUAAAUUUCACAUCCUUCUGGAGGAGUCAGUGCCAAAUGCUUUUAUAAUGGGCAAUAUUAUGAUAAUAUUGACAGAUCGUGUUAUUCAAAUGUUCCUGAUGCCUGAAUGCUGGGGUUAUUAUCUCAACAAUUUUUACCUUAUUUGCUUGUGCAUUCCAUACACCGAAUAAAAUUUUGGCUUCUCUUGUGUACAUUAUGUACAUGAAAAUGUUGUUAUUUAACUACAAUUUCAUCUGAUUUAGGUGCAUAAAUUGUGCAGAAGGAAAUUACACAUGCAAAUGGUGCACAUAUCGUGGGAUAUGCACCAGCAAUGGGAAUGUGGACUGUCCUGGGGAAUUUAUAAUGCCUCUACAGGUAUCUGUCAAUACUUCACAGUGUAUUAACCUGACCAGAGCAAGAAACAUGUCUUACAUGGUCUUGGUACUGUUCCUCAAAUAAAUGUUUGGGAAAAUUUGUAGUAUUGGUGCUACAAUUAUACUUUUCUUUGUAGUUACCCAUUCCUCUUCGACAAAAAUAGGGGAUAUGGAGGAAAGAGGAGAGAGACAGCCUUGGUUGGGAGAGUAGUGGCAACUGUUCAGUAAUUUAGUUGACUUCCAUCAUUUAUCAAUGUUCUCUUACAGUUAUGUUUUGACAAAAAGUCUUUAAAUUAAGAAUUGUGCAAUUGAAUUACCAAACAACAUAGUGUAAUGGUUGUACCUGCUUGCUGUAAUUACAUGUAAAUUGUGGUUGUCAAUUUACAAACAUGUUGUGCUGUCUAUAGGAUCGUGUUGCUGAUUCAAAUGGUUGCCCCCAAAUAAUAGCUGACAAGCCAGUUCUUGUUCCUGCACAAGUCAAUACCAACUUUACUGUGCCUGCUAAAAAUCUUCCUCUGGAAAAGGUGGUGUUGUAGUAUGCAUGACACUUGACACUAUAAAUUGUAAAUAGUUAAUUAUGCCAAAUGCUCAAAUAUGAGUGGUUCUUAAAAGCUCUUAUUUGUGGCUUAAUCAAAACUAUAGCAAAAUAAUCAAACUUUAUUGGUUAUAACCAGCCUGAUUUUAGCAGAAUAGGACAGUGCAGGCGUCAUGCUUGCACUUGGAUGGUAAUUAUUUAAUUAGACAGUGUGUGUCAUAUGUGCAUGCUGUUUUCACAUAUUUCAGUGUGUUAUCUGUUGUUUUUUUUUUGUAUGAAAAUUUAUAACUGAAGGCUAGUUUGUCUUUAAUUUUGACAUUGUCUUGGUAACAGGAUUUCUUGUCAUCCAAUUCUGUCUUCAAUCACACGUGAGAUUAACAAAUUGAACUCCCACUUCAUGGUCAUCUCAUUUUGUUGAUUAUUUGUAUAAUCAGGCCAAAUUGGACUCCAUUCAGUACUGUUACCAAUGCUAAGAAUAAUUUUACAGUAUGCAAGAUUAGGUUAAUACUCCGUUAAACUUGACUUUUGGUGAUCUUUUAUAAACUGUUUGUUUUCAUGGUGACUUUGUAACUACUUGUUGGUUUAUUGUGGUUAUAGUUAAAUAUUUUAGCUGGUGGGUUGACUUUAACUUCAAUAUAUCCAGGGGUGUUUGUGGGUAGGCUGGUGACAUUUUGACUCAAUAACUAUUUGCAGGUUGAAUUUGACUAUAAAAUUGCUUUGUGUGGGUUGAGUGUGGCUUUACUCAUAAAUGUUUGUGGGUUGACUGUGACUAUGAAUUAUAAACCAUUGUUUGCAGAAUGUAAGUUUGUAAAUACUGGUGUGUUAAACGUCUGUGGGUUGAGUGCGACUAUAAAACUGAUGUUUGUGGAAUGACUGACCAUAUCACUCUUUGCCUGAUAAUUUUCUUUUUGAUUUCUGUGGAUAGGAUGGUGCCUCUUACAAAUGUGUUAUAACAGUUGAUGGAUCAAGGAAGACAUCAGAUGCCAAACGAAUUAGUGAUACAGAGUUGGUGUGCUCUCCUAUGGAAGUAUGUAUAGCUAUUAAAGUUGUUAAAUUGUAUCUAAUAGUAAAUUCAAAUUGCUUAAAAGUCAAAAUCUAUGAACUGUACUCUGGAAUUAAAAAAACCUUCACUUCAUUGCACUUCAAUAACUGGUUUCUUACCCUAAAUUACUUGAGUGCCGAUUGCUGUGCAAUAAAUUUUUAAGUGAUUACUGGUACAUGUAAAUUCUGGGUGAAAUGGUAGAAAAAACAUUUCUUUGAAGAAGAAGGUUAUAAAAAAAGAGAAAGAAAGGAAAUUAAAGACUUGCUACCAUUAGGGAUCAAUCCUCAGUCAAGAGGAGGAGUGCUUUUCAUUUUGAAAGUUUGCAGAGCAUGUUACUGUUGAGAAUGUGCUUUGGCAAGUGGACCUUGUGGAUAAAACAUGAAUUUCUUUAUCCAAAAGUUUGAAAAUACCAACUCAAGUCAGUUCAGUGGCCUUGACCUUGAGCCCAGCAUAAUUCAUUUUCCAAGUUCUGAGGCUGGCAGCCACUCCGAUUUCUUUUAGUCUUUCAAGCAUUUUUUUUAAAGAAUCAGCAGAAGAAAUAAAAAGACACCCAGUUAAACCUAUUUUUUAUUUUUAAGUAUAAGUACAGUGCAUCCAACAAGAAACAGGAGGUGAAAUUGGAAGUGAUCUUCAGGAAUUCAGAUGUCGUGCACACACCAAAUACUUUCAAAGGUACUGCUUGUAAAGCUGCAUUUUUUUUAAUUUGGUGUAGAAUGCAUGCUAGGAAUAAUUUAUUGAGUGACUGUGUUUUUCUGAGUAUUAGAUAUUGUUCUCUGAACUUCAUCCUAAUAAUGUCAAUAAAGAUAAUGGAAUUGAAAUUCCUGAAGUGUGGAUGUCCAUGAUCAGAAACCAUAACAGGCAAUCAGUAGCAGAGCAGACUUUUGAGGGAAUAACAUGUAAUACUUAGAAUAGGAAUGAGGAUCAAAAUGCACAAAUGACAGUGCACAAAAAACCCACCAAUGACAACCAAGGUGCUACAAAUAAGCAAAUUUUUUUCCUUGUUGUGUGAUGAGGACUAGCAGCAUAGCAGUUGAAAAGUUGCAAUUAGUACAUGAUUGAUUAGCCUGACUCAUACUCUGUGAGACAAACAAUUAAAUGUUCAUUUAAAAGAAUAAUUGUAUUAAUUGAUCCAAGUUAUUAUUUGAAAUGACAUUCAUGUACAGCACAUGGUACUUGCAAUAUAAUAAUUAAAAAUAAUUACCAUUAAAUUUCAAGUUACUUAAAAUGUGGGAAGUACUUCACUUUCAAGUUUUUAAAACUUACAGUCUUUGUUACAUUCAUCUGCUAAUUUUGCAAAAUGCAAUACCAUCUUAACUUUUAAAGUUAUCUACAGUACUUCAAAUUCAUAAAGGGGAAGUGAUGGAGAACCAUGAUAAUUGUUCUCUCAUAUAUUUUGGUGAAAGGUUGCUAUUCUACUAUUUCUGUACAUUGGCUGCUUUUGAUUCUGUAUCACACCAUGCUCUAACCAUUCUGACAAUAAUCAAUGUGUAAUGUUUAAAAUUAGGAUAGCUUUUGAAUUUUGUCUUUGGGAGCUAUAUGUGAUAGGUUUCUCAAAGGAAACUGUAAAUUUGGAUAAACACUUCAAUUGAACUAAGAAAGCUGAAAGUUAUUUGUUUGUUUACUUGUUUAAAUUCUUGAAACCAAUUUAAAAGUGUGUAUUGUGAAACCUGUUUCUUGAAGCUGAGUAAAAGUUUAAAAAGUUGUUCAUUUGUAAGAUAAUCCUUUGACUUACUUAAUUUGCUUUUUUAUGAAAUAAAUGCAUCAUUGAAUGCAAACAAGAUGGAAACCAAGUGUGUGCUAAAAGGAGAGAAUUUAAGCCCAGGACUGAUCAAUACCAAAAAAAGUGUAGAUGGGGACCACCUCAAAAAGUGUUCUUGUUUUAAUUGAUUUGUAUUCAGCAAAGAACUUGCAUGUACCGCUUCUAAUUCUCUCUACUAAAUAUGCAACUUCAAAGUUUUGUUUACCUUUGGUGCAAAUUAUGUUGAGCACUUAAAAGAUUUUGACAGUUAGAUCAAUUGCUGAACAUAAUUAUAAAGUAUAUCUAUAUUUUCUAUUUAGUGUAUCUGUACAAGUGUUGGGUAUCCAUAAAAGACUGUAGCAGCUGUCACGUGGAAAAUGAUAAAAAUUUUCAAUGUGGGUGGUGCAACUUUGGUGUCCCAAAGUGUGUUGUACAAAAAGCUUGUGGAGAUACAGGAGCAUGGAUUCCACCUACAUCACUGUGCCUUACAAGACCCAAAAUAUCCAAGGUAUAACAUUUAAUUUAAUUUUCUCUUAACUUCUACCAUCUGAAUCAAUGUGAUUUUUCUUUUAUCUUGUAUCUUUUGUUGAAUUCCAUAAAUGUUGUGUAGAAUAUUUUUUUGGGUUUCUUUGUUUAGUAGGAAGCAAUGUAAUUGGGUAAAAAACAAUUAUUAUGAGCAGAAGCAAAAUCUUUCUGUCAUAUUUUGUUUUUCUUUCUUAUCACCAUUUCAUGGGGACCUUUUCCUUGAUUUCAUAGAGAAAUGCUGUAAUGGGUUCUGCUGUACUUUUUGUAACAUGUUUUUAGGUAUGGCCAUUAACUGGUCCAGUGGCUGGGGGAACAGAGAUUGAAAUUCAUGGAUCUGACCUGGGAAAAACGUUUAAUGACAUAAAAGACUUUGUUCGGGUGGCAGACAUUAAAUGUUAUCCUGAUGAAACUAAAUAUCAACCCUCCAAAAGGUAAAUAACUGAAAUGUCUAUUCAAACUAAACAAAUCUUUUGUUUCUGAAACUAUCAUGUGCCUUGUAGUCUUUUGGACACUCAACAUGCCUCAUAACACCUGGCAUUAUUCAAUAUUUGUUUUGAUUAAAAGAAAUAAUGUUGACUUUGCUUGAAUGCUUUAUGCUUAUUUUCUUUUUGCAGUAUUUUCUGUAACACUUCAAAAAGUAUUGGACCUUUGAGUGGUCCAGUUUCUGUGUCAGUCAGUAAAAUCAAAGGAGAAUCAAAGCAGCUUUUUUCCUAUCAGGUAUGUUGGAAGAAAAUACUGGUUUUUCUUUUGUGCUCUAGCCACUUCCUGCCUGCUUUUCAACAAAUGGAACACAGUCAAUGCACUGCUUUCAAUUUUCGAAACAAACUUGGAACACAAAUGUCUAUUAAGUUAAGUGCACACAAUCUUGCCUUGUCGACAAGUUAUCUCUACUUAUUGUAGAAACCUAUGAAAAACGUGUAGCUGGGUUAAGAGCUGGCAUUGGUGACUAGAAAUCCCUGAAAUAAGUGUCUGAUUUUGUCAAUAUAGAUGUUUAUGUUUAGUUGCAUGUUUUUACAUACAUGCUUAGUUGCAUGUUCUUACUUUUGUACUGCUUUACAUGUAUGGGCUAUUCUUAAUUGCUUUUUCAUGUAUAAGAAAUGUUUCCAUUCACCUGUAGAUCCCAGAGCCAAUGGAUUUUAAUCCCAAGAAGGGUCCCAGAUCUGGAGGCACGACUGUAAAAAUCACUGGUCUGAAAAUGAAUACUGGCAGACACAUUACAGCUACAGUUGCUGGCCGAAAGUGUGUUGUUGACAGAGAUAAGUAAGUUUCUUCCAUUCACUUUUAGGAACAUUGUAAGAACAAUUGUUCAGUUUUUCAAGUUUUUUGUUUGCACAGAAUUGAAUUGUUUAUUUUUAGAUAUUUAAAGUACAGGCCUCCUAACCUUACUGUGUGUGACUCUGGGGUUUCAAGUCAUUAAUUUGAAUACCUAAUGAAUCAAGAUUUAAUUUUAAGCAUAAGUGUGUGCCUUAUAAAAUGGAAAAACUUACAAUUUUACCAAAGUAGUUGUAAACAGAGACAUAAUUUUAUGAUAGUGUAUUAAAAAAGUUUUAAUUAAAUUAACUUUGACUGAAAUGGUCCAUGUCAAUAGGGUGACCAAUGACAGCGUAUCAUGUACAGUUAGCAGUGCAUUUAGUCGAAGAAAAAGAAGUGCAGCAAAUGCAAGUACAGGUGUCACAGUGUCAUUUGAUGGUUUUACUCCAACCAGUCCAAGGGGAAUAUUUGUAUUUACUCCUGAUCCUACAGUUACAUCUAUUGAGCCAGAUGAAGUUUUUUUUGGGUAAGUUUUCAUGUGGCAGAGAAAGAUCACCUAUUACUUACUUUUUGAAUAAAACCACUUUUGAGUAUACUCAGUUCAUACAGUAGAAUUGUUGCUCUGACUUCAAUUCCACAUCAUUUUUGUUUUGCCUUGUAUAAAAAUACCGUGGCCUUGCAAUUACAUAAACUUAUCGUCACUUUUUUCGUCCAUGCUGAAAGAAUCUAAAAAGUGCGAGAAAUAAGUCUAUCGCAUCACCUUCCAGAUGUAUAAUGUUGAUAACGUGAACUUAAUGAAUAAAAGUCAGUUGCACUUACCUUCGGGAUGAUUUGCCUUCAUUUGCUUCAUUACCAGUCGUGCACUAGUGGUUUUUUUAGAAAUCUUCUCAAGGUACUUAAACUACCAAGACCAAUGUGUUCCUUGAGUUAUAAAGCGAGUGUCGUGCACAAUCAUACGUGUGCUUUCUAUGUGCUUAGAUGUGUAAACUAUUCACCUGAGGCCCCUUCACGUGACAGAAUAAAACAAGGAUAUCGCAACCUUGAAUGUGUAAUCGUAGUGUUCUUUCCCAAGAAAAGCAAAACGCGAUUUAUCUCCUCUGGUGUGCUGUAAACUCAUGUUACUUACCGACUGCGUUAUUUUCUGUAUUUUAAGCGACAGUAACAUUAGUUAUUUUGUAAAGAACUUGGCUUGUAAAAUCCUAAUUCUCGAGAUCAUUAUUCUUCUUCAGGGCUUUAGACACAAUUAAAUUUCACAACGAGGUAGAUAACACUCAACCAAAGUAAAAUUUCUGUAAAACUUUGCCGAAACGAAAUGGCGCGAGAACGGUUGACAACAACGGUCGAGUGAACAAUUUGUAAUUUUGCGCCGGCCGUAGCGGGAGACUGGGGAAAACCUUAGUGAAAGUACAAAAUGUCACGCAACUCUCGCAAGUAUUUUGUAAGUAACUACCUAUAAACUUUUUUAAAAUACUUUUAAUUUCUGCCAUCUGACCGGUCUGCAAAUUUCCGAUGUUUAUUUGUUAUUAUUUUGUAAAGAAUUUGGUCGGUAAAAUCCUAAUUCUCAAAAUCAUUCUUCUUCUUUAGGGCUGUAAGGCACAGUUAAAUUUCGCAACCAGGCAGAUAACACUCGACCAAUGUAGAAUUUCUGUCAAACUUUGUCCGAAACGAUAUGAUGCAAAAAAAAAAAAAAACAGUUAACAACAACGAUCAAGUGUACAAUUUGCAAUUCUGCGUAUGCGCAGUGGCGUGGAAUGCCUUGGUGAAAGUACAAAUUUCAUGUAACUUUCUUGAAAAAUAUUUUUACAAGUAGCUAGCUAUGAAUUUUUUUUUAAUUACAUCUUUUCACUCUGCCAUCUGGCUGGUCUGCAUACUGCCAUUUUUUUUUUUUCUGAACCAUAUCAGCGAAAGUCUCUUGCUUGUGGAAUGUGGUGACAUUAUCUAUGGGUGUCUUUAUGUUCAAGGCAAAGAUGGGAAGGUUUAAUCCCUUUCUAGACACUCCCUAUGAACAUGAUUAGUGAUUAUUUAAACUAGCUGUUCAGUAUAUUUCAUAAUCAAUCAUCAAAUGUAAUCUGAAAAGUCUGUCCAAAUUUAAUCUGCUGAUAUCAUAAUUCCAGUGGAACAAUUACCUCUUUAGAAAGCAGCUGCAUGUAUAUUGUGUUCUCAGGUCUGAAAUUUGCACACCAUACCAUAGAAGCUUACUUGACGUUAUGUGAUCCCUUUUUGGACAUGGCAUUUUUCACAUCAUGUGUGAGAGGUUUUAAGCCUUAUGCAUCCCCAUGCUCUCUUAUGAACAGAACAGGAUAAGCAUUUCAAGUUACUCAAGAAUGUACUGGAAUAAACUUGAUAAAAUCUUGUCAAGAACAUUUAAAUUCCUACUGAUCUUAAAAUUUUGAUUCUUACAAAACUCUUAGAUGAACUUUAGAUGAAAUCCUGUCUAGAAUCUUAAUGUUACAUUUACAGAUCUUACUUCAUUAUUAAGAUUCUUAAACAAACUUACCAAGAUCUUGUCAAGAAGCUUGUAAGAUCUUCCUUUUCUUAAAGAUUAGGAUUCUUACAACUGAGAUUCUUAAGUGAACUUUAUAUGAUGUUGUUAAGAACUUUCAAGAUCUUAAUGCCCAUGUGUUGUAAAUUUUUUUUUUUAGGAUUCUUAAGAUUCUUAAAUAAACUUAAUAAGAUCUUGUUGAGAACCUUUCAAGAUCUUAACCCCAUUUCUUGUAAAAUUUUGUGAGGAUUCUUACAAGAUUCUUAAAUAAACUUAGUAAGAUCUUGUUAAGAACCUUCCAAGAUCUUAAUCCCCAUGUGUUGUAAAAUUUUGUCAAGAUUCUUACAAGAUUCUUGUAUAAACUUAAUAAGAUCUUUUAAGAUCUUACAAUGCUCAAACCUGGUUAAGAUUUGUUCAAGAAUUUGGCAAGAUCUUAUUAAGAUUAUUAAUUCUUAAUAAGAUCUUAGUAAGAUCUUCAUCUUAAUUGCCAUCUUAUAAGAUUCUUACAAGAUCUUCCAAGAUCUUACAAGAUCUUCCAAGAUCUUAAUAAGAUUUCCACCUGGGUUCUCCUUUUUCUUUGAUCUUCAAGACCAAACCCAAAGCAUGCAAUUCAAGCAUCUCUUUCAAGAAGUGCUGAAUUCCAAAUCUUUUCUACUUAUAGUGGAGGUCUGAUGUUACGUAUCACUGGCACCAAUUUGGACACCAUUCAGAAACCAAGAAUGUAUCUCACAUAUUUUUCACCCAAUGGAACUACUAAAUUGAUUCAGGUAAAAGCUCCUAAACUUGAUUUUCAGUCGGUGUCUCAUACAAAUGUAUUAAUACUGAAAUCAGACCCACAAAGAUAGGGUUUAGGCACACCUUUUUCAACUUUUUUACAGCUAGACUUAAUGUGGAAUUUCAAGGUAUUAGUACAUGUCAAUGUGUUUUUAAGGAGGCUGACCUGCAUAGAUUGUUAUCUUGACUUCAACUUGUUCCACCAAUCACUGUUGGUUGGCCCAUUUCUCCUUAAAGUAAGUGUUCAUCAGUGUUCAAGCAGGACAUUUGAGGAAAUCUUAAUAAAAUCUCUUAUGUGCUAAAUUUCAUUAUUUAUAGGAUUGUGAAUCAAUAAGAAGCACACUUAUCACUUGUCAAAGUCCAAAAGUACCAAAUUUUGGUGGAAAUGUGUCAAAACUGCAGGUUCAGUUUUUAAUGGAUGCUGGUAUACCUUUGCGCUCAAACCACACAAGUUUAACAAUGAUUCCAGAUCUGUUUUUUAAGCGUUUUAAAGAUGAUCUCCAUGUACUGAAGACAGAAAACCUUAUACUUGAGGUACGAGUUACAAACACAGUUCAUAAAAAUAUAUAAAAGGGGUAAGUUUCUAAAGAAACUGUCAAUGGUGCUGCUUCAGUGGGAGAGUAUAACAGGGUAAUUUUGUAUUAUCAACUGAGUUGAUAACAUAAAGUGGGUAUUGGAAAGAGUUUCAAAUCAGACAUUUUGAGUGUUAGCCCUUCAUCAUUCACUCUGACAAAGGGUUAAUGCUCUAAAAGGUCAGCUUUGAAACCUGUUACAGUGGCCAAUUUACCCUAUCAACUCAGUUGAUAAUAACAAAUUAUCCUCGCAAAAAUGUGAUUAUGUAUCUACAGACUCUCAACAUAUGGUUAUGAUUCUUUAGUGCUAUUCAGCAAUAUAAUGACUGUGAUAGUCUUCUUAGUCAUUCAUUAAAGUUGAUUUAAAAUUGUAUGAAAUUUCAGUAAGCUCUGUAUAUUAUGCUUUCACUGCCAAUAAGUAACAUUUACAAGUUUACAAGUUACAAUUUGUUAUAGAUGCAUCUGAACCAUGAGAUCAUAUAUUUGCAGUUCUUGUAACUUGUCAUUUAUUUCUGACGUUCUAACUGUCAGUAUAUAAGUAUUUUAGCUUGGAGAAGGGUGAAUAGCCAAAGAUUUGUGAUUAGAAAGCUGUAUGAGACAUUUGUUAAACCCCUUUGCCACUGAUGGUACAUGAGAUAAAAAUUAUCAGAGAAGAUACUGCAUCCAUAGGAUUCUCAUACUAAGAGUUGAGUGUUGGCAAUUUAUAAAACCUCAUUUACAUAGUGUUCUCUGAUUUUAAACUCCACAAAAUAACCUUUUCACCUGUGUGGUUUUGGUAAAAGAUAAUGAUUCUUUCUGUGCUUUUAAAUUCUGCUUUCAACCUGUAGAACUUUAUGCUGUACAAAAUCGAUGUGUAUAUUUAUAAAUGGUAGGAAUAGACCUCAAUGAGAAAGCUUUUGUUGACACUUAAUUAGUUAUGCUAUAUCACUCUUGCACUGUAUCACUCUUUUCACUAGGGUAAAAAUUUGCAAGACAAACUAAGAGAACAGAUCUUUGUGACUGUUGGAAGAUUACCCUGCAAAAUAACAAGUGUUGACAAGGUGCAUUAUUUAUCAGGUUUUUAUUCCCCUAUGUAUUACUUUAGGACUAGUGUUUAUUUAUACUCAGUGUUCUACUCUCACCUUAUCACACAUUAUACAGCACCAAAUUUAAAGUUAAAAUUGUUCAACUCCAUGGAAAUAUCAAAUGGAACCAUUUUUAACUCGUAAAUUGCGUGCAUGUGCAAGAGUGAGUUGUAGAUACGAUGUGGAGAAUGGCACUCACUUGCACACUCGCUUGCUCGAUUGGUCGAUUCCUGUAAACUUUUUUUUGAUUUUAGGCUUUUGAGUGCAUUUGAUAGUUUUUGGCAAGCAGUAAACAAAUGAAAUAGCAACCUUUGUUGCUAAGAAUAGAGGUGGGGUGAAAAAGAAGCCAAUGAUAAUCUUAAAAGAGUUUUUUUUUUCGUUUUAAUUUCAACAUGUGGCAUCAGCGACUGGCACUGGCAGGUAUGCAAGGAUUCACACUGAAAUAACAGAAAAACCUUCGUUUUUCAUAAAAUUGUAAUUUACAAUCCUUGAACUUGAAAACGCGCUCUGAGUUUACGGAUGUUCAAAAGCUUUUUCUGUUAUGGUGUGAGAUUGAGGACAAAAUCGAUCAUUACAUUUCCUAUUGUGUGUUUUUCCUGUGUGAAGUAACAAAAGAUGCUGGCGACUGACGAAAUUACAAGUUAUCAUGAAAAUCAAAUAACACCUAAACAAACAAUUAUUAUUAUUUUUUUUGUCCUUUGCAGACCCAGCUGGUUUGCCGUGUGCCUUCAGAAGAGAGCCAUUCCCCACAAACAUCUGAUGGACUGUAUUCUGUUAAGGUAAAUGUAUGUCAGUAAGCUUCCUUUGAUAAUGUUUGUUAUGUUCCAGAAGAACUGGGUCAAGUACAUUAAGUAAGCAUUUAGUGCUAAACCUUCUGCCUACAUCCAAAAUAAAGAAAAAACAAAUACAGUUUUCUCUCUUGGUUUGACAAAAUUUUUCUGGCUUUCAUCAAAGUUGUACCAGUUCCCAUCAAAAACACUUGUUUGUCUAUGUGAUGGGACCUUGUAAAAACAAAGGGUAAAAGUGCAAAACAUUUGCUUAUUAUUUUAGUUAAUAAAACCAAAUUAUCUUGUUACUUCCCACCAAUGCAGCACCACAGUUUUUUUUGUAAACUACAAAUUCAUUAGUGCUUCAGAGUUUGUCUUGCUGUAUAUUUUUUGUUGGGAAAUGUACAUUGUAACAGUAAACCCUGAAAGACAUCAUGUUCUACAUCUAGAUAGCUAAGUGUUGUAGAAACCUUUUCAGUCAGUUGGCCUUUCAAAGAAGUGCUACAGUCUGGAAUCUGAUUUUAUCUUUUCCCUCUAUCCUCCUUAACUAAAAUCCUGUAGGUCUGAAGCUCUGUUAUUGAUCUUAUGCACAGUUUAACCAUCAUGAUAAUGUAUUAAGUGUUGCUAAGUGCUUUAUUUAAUUUUUGUUUUGUUUGGCUUAGGUUGUGGUUGGUAAUCUUAAUUUUCCUUUGGGUAAUCUUGAGUACUUUAAAGAGGAGGAGAACAAAGUUAUUCCUAUUGAAGUUUGGAUUGGAGUGGGUGGUGGAGUUCUUCUUAUUUUCAUCAUUGUUGUCAUUAUUCUUUGCUGGAAUCGCCAUUCUCGUCGUAAAAAGUCAAAAGCUAUUAAAAACCUUGAGGUGCAGAUGAAUAAUUUGGAGUCCAAAGUUGCUCGAGAGUGCAGGGAAGGUGAGCAAGGAGUUGGAGUGAAAUUAAGGGGUGUACUGAUAGAGAAGAUAAAACUUUGCCUAAUGGUAAUGUAUUUCUGUUAGGUGAUGUAUUCUGGCUGUAACAAUAUUGAAUAAUACAUGUAUAACCUGUGCAAUGGCACCUUCCCAUGUGGGAUUGUGUAGUAAGAUUCAGAAAGAAGAAAUAUUCUGCUUGUGUUCUGUACUGUAGAAGAUAUAGUACCACUAUUUUAUCUUACAGUUGUUAUUAUAAAAUUUUAAUUCUAAUUAUUUUGUCUUAUUUUAGCUUUUGCUGAACUUCAGACUGAUGUGACAGAUUUGACCAGUGACUUAUCUAAUUCAGGAAUGCCAUUUUUAGAUUUCCGCAUGUUUGCAUUGCAUGUGUUGUUCCCUGGUUUAGGUGAUCACCCUGUGCUUCACAAGCACAAGGUAAACACUUUAAAGAAUUGGAAAACCUGGAAUGCUAUAUCUAACACAAAUCUGAGCCUUAUUAUAAAAAGAUAUUCAUUAGAGUGAAACUAGGCUCCAUCUAAGUUUUGUGGUCAAUGAGAAGAAUAAUCUGGGGUAAGAAAGGAGAAUUUUCCGGAAGUCUCAGACUUUAGAUUAGGGGCUGUCAAUAUCCCUUGUUUGAUAGUGUACUUUACUACUUGUAUUGAUAUUGUCUUGCUCACUCCUAGGAGUGAAAGGGUUAAGAGCUCAAAUCAUCUUGGUGGGAUGACAGUGUGGGGUGGUUGUGAAGAGGUGUGUGUUGAUGGAUGUUUUGAUAUUCAUGUGAACUUUUUUUCUUAUGUUUCAAAGGGCACUCUCGCAGAAAACUGGGAGAAAGGACUGCGACAAUUCUCCCAACUUAUCUACAAUAAAAAAUUUCUUCUGGUAUUCAUACGCACCUUGGAGUCACAAAAUACCUUUCAGAUGAAAGACAGGUUGGUUGUGCUCUCAGAUAUUACUGUGUUGAAGUAGGAAGUUUUUAAAUUUUUAGUUCCUCUAAGGUGUGGUUGGGGAAGGGGGCAGGUUCCAGGUGAAGGAACAGGUAAAUGGAAUUAAGAUUCAUUUGGACCAUUAUUAUGUUGAAUCUUUUCAUUCAUUAUUAACAAUAUUUCUUAAUAUAAAGUAUGAGAUAGUUCUUAUAGUUAAUGAAAUUACAAUUAUUUAUCCCUUGCAGGUGCAAUGUUGCAUCUUUGUUGAUGGUUGCUCUGCAAGCCAAGAUGGAAUAUGCUACUGAGUAAGUAAUUCAUAUUUGCUUGUUUUUCAUGGUGGCAGGGGGGACGCUCUAUUUAGGGUAUAAAUUUUUAGUCCUAUAAUGUUCCUGAGCUGCAAGCCAAACAAAAAAAUGUUGUGUGUUAAAUGUUGGAUUCUUUGAUCAGAGAAAAACCUUCACUCCUAUCACAUGGAUGAUCACUGAAAAAUUUCUCAGAGGGGGUGGGGGGUCUAAAACCCAAAAUUUGGGAAAGCCUUGCUUGUAUGAAGUAAAACUAAUGGGUUCAAAAUGAAAAAGCACAGGUGCUGCUCAGGUAUGGAUAUUGCUUUGAACAACGUGUCUGUCCUUCUUGCCAGCAUAUUAAAAGAGUUACUUUGUGAGUUGAUACGCAAAUCAGUAGCAAAGAGUCAUCCAAAGCUGCUACUAAGGAGGUAAGUUAGUCACAAUUGAUCAUUUGCCAUUUAAAUGAUAGUAGAGCUUCUACAUGUUUGUGUGAAUUAUAUUUGAUUUAGUUGUUAAGUGACCCUAUGCUGGGAUCUGUGAUAGUAAUUUGUCACUGAUAAUCAAGUACUGAUCUUACCUUUUUUUACCUUUUUCACUGAGAAGCUUUAAAAUCCCCUAAUUGAUUUUGCAUUUUUUGCAAUAUACCCCAAUCUCGGCCCAAUGAGUUAGGCAUCCUUUUGUGUUCAAAUUGCCCCUUUCAUCUAAGUUUUACACUAAAUUUAAUGUAAUUACCACCUGUUUUAACAUUCUAGGUUCUUUUGGUAAGAAGGUUUUCAGUGUUGGAAGUGCAAUUCUUUUGAUGCAUAUGUCUGCAUCUUUGACCUUUUUUUUUUUUUUUUUUUUUUUUUUUGUUUUUUUUUUUUUUACAGAGGAUUUUAAUCUGCAGUCAUGUCAUAAUCAUGUGUAUAGUCAUACAUGACUAAUUAGAACAGUUACAACCUUAUUACCAGCAAACACUGAUUGUAGAAAGACAUCUUAAGUAGUGCUUUCAAUGAAACCCAGCACCCGCUGGAGCUCUUGUGGGUAUUCUAUUGUUCAUCAAUGGGUAUACUCUGCUAUAUGCACGUUAAAUUUACUGAACAGAAAAAUAAAUAACAUAGAAAAUAGUAGGCAUUUUAAUAUUGGAAUAUUCAUCAUAUUUAUAAAAGUUCUCAAACAACUUUGUGCAGAACUGAAAUCAUCAAAUAAUUUUAGAAAAGUAAAACAAAAGUAAUUCUUCUCAUCUGCUAGUAGGUGAAUAAACUUGAAACCAAAGUUGUUAAAAUAGCGUGCUUGUCCAUAGCUCAUGUAAAUCAAAUUGACAAUAUUUUUGCAGAGAUAUCAAGUUUGCAUAAAAAAUGCUUAACCAAGGCUGAAGGAAAACAGCCAUUGAACCCUUAGCUUCUAAUCUUUUAUCAAAUAAAUAUUGACAAAGAUCAUGGUGUUGCAAUGUAAAUACUUUAAGCAACUGUGAGUGAAAGAGUGAUGUACAAAUGGAAAACAUAAGAAUCUGGCUUGGCCAUGCUUGAGUAAGAUUUGGAUUGUAGCAUCUUUGAGAACAUGUGCAUACCAAAAUUUGAUACACACAGGAUAUUAUAUAUUUUGUAGACUGCCAGUUGAAAUUGUUUAGCAUUUUGCUAUGUUGGAUAGUUAUUGUCAUUCUGGAUCUGUGACAUUUUGAAAGCUUUCAAGCAAACACCUCGAAACUUUUUGGAGUUCUUUCAGUUGACUUUUACCUUAAUAGACAAGUUAUGAUAAAUAUGAUUGAUAUUAUCUCAUCAUUUUCCACAAAAAAAAAAAAGAUUUUGAGUGUCCAAGAACAUAGUGACUCAAAUUUUGGUAACCAGUAACCAUAUGUCCUUACAAAGUUUUUUUUGUAUGAACUCCAACUGUGGGUUUGUUACAAAGGAGACUAAUAAUUAAUGAUCAUUUACCAAAUUUUAACACCAAAAAUCUGUUUGAGGCUAGUUUACUCUGAAUGGUACUAAUGGGCUAACCAAGGGGAAAUUGUUUGUCAUAUUAUUCUCGGGCAGUGCUUUACCAAGGUAACCACCUACUUCAAAUCUUAUUGAAAGCACUGCCUAAAGAAUUUGUUCUGAUGAAAUGUCUAAAACUGAUAUCCCUUCCAGAACUGAGUCUGUAGCAGAAAAGAUGCUAACAAACUGGUUGGCCUUCUGUAUGUAUGAUUUCCUCAAGGUAGGUAACCCAGAUCUCAAACCAUUUGCUAACCCUACUGAUGAAGGGAAUUUUAAUUACAGUUUUGAUAAAUAGGUUAUUAGUUAUUUUUUUUUGUACUUGAGAAUCUUUUUUGUGAUAACAAUGGGAGGAAGAGAAUGAAUAGUCAAAAUAGUUAAAAUUUAUUUACCUAUAGUCAAGAUCAGAUCAAGGAGUUUGUUAGUAUGGAGUGUAUCUCAGGCACUGGCUUGAGCCUAAUUAAAUGGUGGAGGGAAAAGGCAAAGCUUUUUUUUUCUGGUAAGCCUGUUUUUGACAUAGCUUGCUGCUACUUAAAGUUUUAUAAUUAAAAAUAUAUUGAAUGUCUCAAAGAACCUGCUCAUUACUAAGAUGUCAUGUGGGUUUACUGUGUACAAAAAUAGCUGUCAACUGAUCAAGUUUGAAUUUAUAGAAUAUUUGGUAUUUAAACAAGUUGACUUUUCCCCCAGUAAAUAGUUUCUCUUUCAAUUACAAUAUCAAUACUCCAUCAGACAGAAACCUGAUUAGAAAAAAUAAAAGUAUCUGCUAGGGCAUAUUGAUUGAACUAAUUAAAAGGUCUUAAAGUUGAAAUGGUGAGAAAUGUAUGGCAGACAGUGUAGCAAACUUAUAUAAGCUCUUCAUAUGGAAAAGGUAGAAUGUACUGAGAAGCACAAAAAGUACAUGUCAGGAUUGUUUAGAAGUGGUGUAAAGUUUUAUGUAUAUUUUACUGCACUAUAUGUAUACUUCAUUUUUAUCCAUGGAAGCCCUUGUUUUAUGGGUAGUGUGUAUGAUAUGUAGUGUACUGUUUCUAAGAUAACAUUUUGCUUUGUAGAAUGAUGCUGGAGAGCCAUUAUUCAUGUUGUUUAAAGCACUUAAACAACAAUCUGAGAAGGGACCAGUGGAUGCAGUAACUGGGGAGGCUAGAUAUUCACUUAGUGAAGACAAACUUCUCAGACAAGCUGUGGACUUUAAGGUAGAUUAUUUGACCAGUUUUUCCUUAAAAAAGAUGAUUUAAAAAACAGGAUUAUAAACAUCCUAUAUAUAUAUAUAUAUAAAUUUUUUUUUCUUGGGAUCAUAAUACUUUGAUUUCUGAAGUUCUGCUAUAUUUUUGUUAAUUGCUUGACUGUGUUCAUUGGUUUCUUUUGCUGUUAGCCUCUAAAUGUUAUAGUUACCUAUGAAAGCAAUCAGCCUGUGACAGUUUCAAUGUUGGAUUGUGACACCAUCACUCAGGCAAAAGAGAAGAUCUUGGAUGUCUUAUUCAAGGUUUGAGUUUUUUUUUGUUUUUUUUUUUGUUUGUUUGUUUUUUUUUUGAGGCAAUAUUAUCUAUUGAAAUAUUUGAGAUGGGCUUCAAAUCCUUGUCCUAAAUAGCCCAAGUAAGUUUGCAUCUUGUUUAAGUGACAGCUGGUGUCAUGUGUACAAUAUUCACUUGAAGGCCACACAUGAUGAGCCAUUGAAGUACUGAUUCAAUUCCAUAUAUUUUUGCCCAGUAUUUUUCUUUGUUCCUUCCAUUUUCUCACGGAUAACAACCAACUUUCCUAAGAUGGUUACAUCUUGAUAUCUGUCACAUGAUAAUCACAAGAUUCCAAAUAUAUACUUUGCAUGCCUUAUAAUCCAAAAAAUAAUACAGAAGUCUUCUUUUCCUUCUUUAAAUGUCCAUACUAUGUACUGUUACAUGAAAACUUUCAGCCUUUAGUGACUGCCAAUUUGAUUUUGAUCAUUUACAAUACUUAACUGUUCAAACCACAUUUUGGUAAAUUUGUUUUUGGAAUAAUUUCUGUUUUGGUAAGUUAUUUUGUUACUAUACAUCAUUGUGAUUUAUUGACUGGAAAUCCUCUCAUUACAGAAUUCCCCAUAUUCAAGUCGUCCAGAUAAAGAUGAUUAUCAGCUUGGUGAGAAUUUUAUGAAACUUUUAUUUUUGAUUGUUAAGGUAGGAAUAAAGCUCACUCUGUCUUCCUUUGGUUAACAAGAAUUUCCUUCAAUAUGAAAGGGAUCUUCACAGUAAUGAACACUACUCAGGCAGCAGUGAAAAUAAGGCCUGAAAUAAAUUUAGGCCAGCGUAGAACUUAAACGCAUGACCCCUGCAAUAAUGGUGCAGUGCUCAAACAACUAAGCUAACAAGCCAGCUGGGAGGUGGUCACCAUGUUGGUUUGUGAUAAACCCGUGAAGUGAUGAGUAAAUGACUGAAAACACAUGAAAAUCAUAUAUACGAACUGCGGUAAUGAACACUACUUCAGCAGCAGUUUACAUAUAUUAUUUUCAUAUAGUCACAAUCAAGAAUUUCCUAGUUUCUAAAACUAAUCAUUAGUUCCUUUAAUAUUCGCAGAAUGGGAGCAGAGUUCUGGAAGGGUUAUAUCUUUGCGGAAUGAUGAUUCUAAGUCAUUAAUUGAAGGAGAAUGGAGGAAGAUUAAUACACUUAAAGACUAUGAGGUAAUAAGCUAUGGCUUUGAAGUGGACACUUAAAGUAUGGUGGCUGCUGCAAGAACUUCUCAGCACUUCUGUUUGUCCAUCUGUUAACUUUGAAUAUAGCUGUGGCUACAAUUUGAUUUAAUUUGUGGCUUUCUAUGGGCUGGCAAUAAUUGUGCUAACUAUAAAAAUAUAGAGUGAUUUAAAGCCCUUUAGGUAUUGACCUGACUCUUUGGGGAGUUAGAACUUCUUGAAAGAAGAAUCCAUUUACAAGAAGAAAUGUAUCCUAUAAGCACAUCAUACUUGCUAUCAACUAUAGGUGACAGAUGGUGCUACGCUGAAGCUUGUCACUGGACAAAGAUACUUUUGCAGCUCAACAGACUCUGGUGAGAGAAUUGUAUUUCCAGUAUAAUGCUGCAGUUCUGAAAUUGUGUUUCUAAACAUGAGCCAAGUGGUUUAACCUGGUAGACUUUAUCUUAUUUUCUAUGGCAAGAAGCAAAUGAGAGUAUUAUUACUCCCCUUGGAUGUAAUGUCUGUCAAUUUCAGAUCAACUCCUACCUGGUUGUAGAGAAUUUAUGUGACAGCAUUUUAUUCUCUUGCCUGCUAACACAACACAGUGACUCAUAUCUCACAGUAAAUUGAUGAUUGAUAAUGAUAGAUGAUAAUUGCAUCUUUUCCACAAAGAGUUAAACAAAAAGAAUAUACUACGAGUUAACUUCAGUCCUGCUGGAAGUUACAGCCCUUUGGCAGCUAUGAAUACAGAUGGACCAGAUGAGGGUGGCAAGCUGUGGCAUUUGGUAUGGGCUCUUUUUUUUAAGUUGAAAGUUGAUGUUGAAGUUAUGCUCUCCUUAACUGACAAGACACUUUUUCUGUGGGUAUAUAAAUGAGAUGGAAUGAUUUAAAAAUGAAUGAUCUCUGUAAAUACCACAAUUUUCUUUGCAUUGCACUUAACAUUGAGGUUUUCUUGACUCAUUCUGUGGUGACUUAACAUUUAUAAGCUUCAUUUAGAACUUUUGAUUGGUCUUUUUAAAGAAAAUGCAUCUAAAAAAAUGAAAAUGAUUGAUUUUAGUGUAAAAACCUACAAGUUUAUUAUUGAGUUAGAAGUAAAAAUUAUUCCUCUUUAUACUUUUGUAAGAUUUGUAGUCUGGCUUCUUUUCUUUGUAUGGCACAGGUUAAACAAAUGGAUUACCCUACUGAAAGGGUAGAAGAUGAUCAUAACAGCAAGUUCUUAUCAGAGAUUUAUCUAACUAGACUGUUGAUGACAAAGGUAAUCUCUACCACUUAGUACAUAUCAUGCUAACUGUGGAAACCUGCUCCAGAUGACUUCUGUCAUCAAUUUACUAUUGACAGGGGUUUUUAAUUCCUUGUACAUAGAAUUAAUUAAAAGAAUCCUUUAAGCUAAUUCAUAACCUGAAAUCAAUUUUCUCUGAAUUUCUACCAGACUUCAUUGGGAGUCACUUUUAGUGUUAAGGCUUGCUUAACACAGGAUACUGUGUGGUUCACAGUUACUCUCUUUUUGUGCAGGGUACACUUCAGCAGUUUGUAGAUCGGCUUUUUCACACUGUUUUCAUGAAGUAUCGCCGUGGCUGCAGCUUACCUCCAGCUGUCAAGUUUCUGUUUGACCUUCUCGAUACGCAAGCUAGAGAACUCAACCUAUCAGAUCCUGAAGUCUUACAUACAUGGAAAAACAACAGGUACUUACAUGUGCAUAUAAUAACAAACUUUAGGCAUUUUGAAGACCUCUAAUUAGACAAGCAAAUCAGAGUCUAUGAGGAGAUUAAGUUCCUUUCCUUAUCACAAAAGGAACCACUGUUGAACUGUUAUAAGGUAGUGUUACUUGUGCAAUAUUUAGUUUAGAUUAUAAGAUAUUUUUAGUAAAUUAUUCAUAAAAUUGUCAAUGAACUAGAAAUUAAGACAAUUUUGGAUAAAUUUCCUUGAGGAGCACUGAAAAAGUAAGUUUGAGCACUCCAUUUUCCUUGCCAUGGUUCCUUGUCCAUACUGCAUAUUUAGAAGGAGCAAAUGCUCAUGAUGACCAUAAACAAGGGUAACUUUUAGAAUUUUCCUUUACAAGCAACAAACCAGAAUCCAUCUCUUCUCCACAUUCUAGUACUUUAAAAGAACUAAGUCAGCAAAUUGUAUUGGUUGGUCAAAUAGAGGUGUAGGCAUUUUCUUCAUUGUCUCCUUGACAUCAUCACUCAAGAAAAUGGACAGUGACAUUCAUGUACACAGCUUUAUUUUAAUUGCCACUUACUUAAAAUGUCUCUUACUUUUGGGUUAAACUUCCAAAUUUAGAUGUUUGCUAUAGUGCCUUGAGCCCCAAGUAUGCAUUGCAUGGUCAGAGUAAUUAUAAAGCAAAAUUUUAUUGCCAGUUUAAGCUCAAAUCUUCAUAUUUUUCCUUUCUCUUUCAGUUUGCCAUUGAGGUUCUGGAUAAAUAUAAUUAAGAAUCCAAACUUCAUAUUUGAUGUUUGCAAGUCUGCCAUUGUUGACUCCUGCUUGUCUGUUGUUGCACAGGUAAGAUCUUUAUGUUAUGGAAUGCACAUACAAUGUACUUGGCCUAAUGACUACUGACCAAAAGGGGUCAAUGUACUUAUUGAUUGACCAUUUUGUUGGUAAUGUCUGCUGACUGGCAGGGGUUAUUGUAUUUACCAUCAAACCAUCUGGUUGGUGAGGACUGGUGACCAGCAGGGCACAAUCAACUUACCAUCAACCCAUAUGCUUGUUGGUAAUUUAAUGGUUAAACAUAUGGUGGGUGAACUUGUUGUAACUUAGAAAGGAAAAUUGAAACUUUUCCAAGUUAUUCAAGCCUAACCAUAGAGGUACAGGGCCUGAGUGCACUAGGCUGGCAAAAUUUAUUUUGUUCCACAUAAAAUCUCGACAUUGAAAUUUAUCUCUGCUAAAUUUUCAAUUUGUCAAUCACAGGCACACUGGAAACAGCAAAAUAUUUGUUAACCACCAAAUGUCAAUCACAGGAAUAUACAAAACUGAGCAGUAUUUGGACCUGCUGGGGAUUCAGCUUAACUAUAAACUUGGGAGCCAUAAUUGUUGAAUUCUGAUUACUGGUUGUCAUGUAGCAUUCCAACUGCCAUUUAAAAAGCAAGAUAAAAUUUUCCUGAUUGAUUUGAUCCUUCAAAUUGUGGCUUAUAAAUGGGAAAAUCUAUGAGAUUUCAGGCCUGGCAAAACUUUAUCCUGCUUCUAGGCAGGAUGAUGGCACCUUUAAAGAUUGUUAGAGCUCACCAAAAUUUGGUAGGAUAAAAAAUCACUGGGUGCACUUGUCUCCCUGAACUGAUAACCGAUUUUUUUUUGCAAAAUAAACAAAAAUUUGUCUAGUGUGCCUGGGUCUCAAUGUGCAAAACAUCCCAAAAAGCAUUGUGCAAACCAUGCAAUGUCCCAGCUUGAAUUUAUCAUUCUUCCAUAAUGUCAUUAAGGACCAUAGAUAACUCGACAAUUGUACAGAAAUGGAUACUGAUAUAUGUUUUAAUGCAUUUUUUUGUCUUUUAAGUUGUUCAUGGAUUCCUGUUCUGUGUCUGAGCAUGUCCUGGGAAAGGUAAACUAUAACCUUUUAAGUUAAACUUAGCCUUGAUGUAAAAUCCAGAUCAUUAAUCAAUAUCACGUCAACAUUAUAUAUUUUUUGUCAUUACUGUAUGCAGGAUUCACCAUCAAAUAAACUGCUCUAUGCAAGAGAAAUUCCAGGAUAUCGCCAAGAUGUUGAGAGGUAAGUCACGAAUGUGUCACAGAAAGAAUUUCUUGACAUUUAAAGUGAGUUCUUUUAAAAAACAUUUUUUCUUAGUACUGUGUCUCGGUUUGAAUAUCAAAAUCAAAAUACUGAAUUAUAUUUGCCAUGCUUUUGAAAUUUUUGGGUCAGGGAAGGCAUCUAUUGUAUUAGAAGGUUUUACUCAAGAAGGGGGACUUUUAUAUUAAAUUAAUUAGUUAUUUAUUACUUUUUUGGGGACUAAGUAUCCAGCAAAGCUUGCAACCAGUCUUAUCCUAGAAACUUCAAAAAAUGUGUUUUAAUCUUAUAUUACAGGUUUUAUUCUGAUAUACAAGCAUCACCUGCCCCAACAUCUCAAGAGUUAUCAAAGUUCUUUAGUGAUUUCUCCAUGGUAAGGUUACUGGCAUAAAAGCUAUUCACAAGUAGCCCUGUUUAGUAGAUACCCUCUGAGAGUUUGGAUUCAUGCUUUAUAUAUUGACUCCUGAUGGAACAAAUUUCAAAGACAUCUGUACCAUGUAUGGCCUAUAUCAAAUUAUAUUAACUACCCUACAAAUCUGAUUAAACAAUUGUGCAGCAUGAAAACUAUUAUAUGGCCAUCAAAAUUUGACACAAACUUUCAAUGUUAAGUUCAUAUUUUUAUAUUUGCUUUCCCCAAUUUAACUCUAAAGCUGCAAUAUAUAUAUAUAUAUUUAGGAAGUCAGUUUUGAUUUUUCUGUUGUACAAUGCUCAAUAGGUAGAAGCAGAGUGCAAUAUAUAUUGAGAUAGGGGAAAAAAACAGAGACUAUACUUUUAUUGGUACAAGCCUGUUUUGUGAUUACUCACUCAUCAGGGGAUUUUAUUAAAAUUACUCUCUAUUUGCUCUACUUUCAUAUUAAAAUCACUCACUCAUCAGGGGAUUUUAUUAAAAUUACUCACUAUUGACUAUACUUUCAUCUCAAUAUAUUCAUGUACCCGGUAUAUAUGUGUGUAUAUCUAUAUUUAAUUGGAUAUUUGUCUUCUGACAAAUUUUCUGAGAGCAAAGCUCAGUAAAUUUUGAGCUUUGAGGAAUUGGUUAUGUUAUCAGGACAUCAUACUCAAACAUACAAAAAUAGUUUUGCACCAAAUGGGGGCUUCUGGGUUGAAUACCCUCAUACUGCUGCUUUGUUGAAUAUUAAUUAGUAUGUUACUGUUACUUUCAAAGGAACAUAGUCAAGAGUUUGAUGGUGACAGUGCCCUCCAGGAAUUGUAUGAUUAUGUCAGAAAGUAUCAAGAUCAGGUAAUACAAACACAUUCCAAACUUGGUAUAAACUGUAGAGUGAAGACCCCUAUAUGAACAAAAUAUGUUGAAGUGAUUGUCAAAACAGGCUCUGAACUAUCACUAGCAUCAUGGGAUAGCUUUUGUGUAGCACACAGGUCUUGCUCUUAAACAAAGCAAGAGGAGAGGGGUAUCACUUAUUAUGUUUUUAGUUGGUGCAACUGUAAGGUAAACAGGGUAAUGGGAAAAUUUGCCAUUUUUGAGCUGUAUAAGUUUCAAAAAGAUUUGCUUCCAGCUCCUCUACCUCUUAAUUUUGUAGAAACAGCUUCCUGAUACUGCAUAGGUUGAAAUGUAAACUUUGAAAAUCAAUAGUGGCAAAUUUAUUUAGUUUUACCGUUUUUUUUAUUUCAAAGCUAGCUUUAGUCAUCAUGAGCCAACAAUGCCUUGAUGCCAAUCUAUUAAAAAUAAACCAUUUAAUAAGCAGUUAUCAUUCUUCUUAACUUUAAUUCAAAGUUGACAUCAUUUAUUUUUUAAUAUUGGUUACUUGGGUAAAAAUUUGAAAAAUACUGUUUAUUCCUCUGUAGCUGCAAGAUGCUUUAGAAGAGUCUGAGUUAUCACCCCUGGCUUCCAAGCUUGAGCAUGUUAUUGCUACAAUCUCAGAUGACUAACAGACAUAAUUAUGAUAUUAGCUGUUAGCUCUGGUCACAUAUGACAUAAUUCAUAGUAUAAUUGUUUUAAUAAGUCACAUAUUAAUUGGUUACUGGUACUUGAUGAACUGAAAAGUCUAACAUGCAGGAUAAAAAGGGAAGAGAAAAUGAAAAAUAUAAAUGCAAUUGCAAAGCAACUUAACUAAUGAGAAUGGGAGGAAUUGAGGGUCACAAGUCCCUUUUUUCAUUCCUGGUGUACACCAUAACAGGAGUUGUUUUUUGUUGAAAUGAUCACACUUAAAUGUUGAUAUGAAUGCUUUUGACAGUCUUAAGAGGGACAUUCUUUUAGCCACAUACAGCAAAUACAGUAAGACAUUAAAAAAAGGAGAAAUAAAUGGAUGUUAGAGCAUUUCAACUCUCAAAACCAACUGAACAAAAGCAUUUUAGACCAACAAAAACAAAAGCAUUUUAGACCAACAAAAACAAAAGCAUUUUAGAUUAUCGACUCUGCUGAUGAAACCAAAUGACAGUAUAAACCUGCACUUAAAAAUAGUUUGUUUCUAGCUUUUUUUCCCUUUUCUUAAAGAAGUAGGCUCCAGAAACCUUGUAAUUGGUAUUUCCACAAGUAAAAGAAUUAAUGAAAAUCUACUCUUUUGCAUGGUUUGAGAUUCUGAAAAGUAAAAGAAUAGGUUUUCAAACUGGUUGCUAUUUUGCCUAAGGACACUGGCAGUUUGAGAACUUUUUUUAUGGUGAAGAAGAUUAAAUGGCUCCCAGAGUAUACUUUUCCUUGAAUGUAAAGCAAUCUAUGGGUCAAGAGGAUCCUAUUCUGAAAUAGGUAAUCAGGUAGAUACUAACUGAAUGAAUUACCUUCAUCACUGAAUAGAAGUUAACAUUAAUGGCAGGAAAUCAUGUUUGUUAAGUUCACUCUUUCAUCUAUUUGUACAUAUGUAACACCAUUUACUAUCCAACUACAUUAAGUAGCAUGCAAAUAGUGCACGGAUUGAGCUCAAAUACCUUGCAAUAUUGCAAGGCCAUUUGGACAGUUGGUUGUUUUGCAUUGUAAAAAAUAACCUGUUUAACGGGUUUAGCUAUACUUGGGUGAGUUGUUUAAAAGGAGAAAUAGGGGACAUUUUUGCAAAUCUUGCAUAAGAAAUGAUAAGAUAAGGCAGUUGGAUAAUAAGUAACUUAUUACACAUUUUGUGUGUAGCAUUUAUUUACUGAAUAGUUAUUUACCACUAAACUAUUGGUGGUGUUUCAGCUCUAUGGGGUCAUACAGUAAUUACCAUAUAUUUCAAGCCCAAGCUAUGUUGUUUGCAAUUUGUAGAAGUUUUAUUAUUGGGCAAGGAACCUGUUUAAAGGAACUUAGAUUAAGUGAGGUACUGAAAACAACCAAAGGAGUAUUUAUGGACUUCUUCUGGUGCAACAGCAAGAAGUGAAAGUGUACAUGCACAGGCUCCCUUAACAUUUGAACUUUCCUUGCUGUACACAGUGUUCUUUCCUUAAUGGUCAAGGAUAAGUUGCCAUUGGUAGUUGUGCAGAUUGUAGAUAUAUCUGCACAUAGUGUUGAAUUUCCUCCCUUUCAGUAAGAUAGCACUCCAUAUGGUAAGGAGGAAAUAAACAUUGAUCUUAUUGUUUAUAUUAAUGUCAAUACCUUCAAGUGAGAAACUAAAAGAUUUUUGUAUAUUCUUGUUAAGAUUUGCUAAAAUACUGGCAACCGAUGGGACUUAAUUAUUGUCAGGCUUACAAACUUUUGUGUUAAGGAUAGAGUGACUUUAUUUUCACCAAAGUGUAACUUAAAAUUGUACAAGCA